AUGUGGCUGAAGGUGCUGGCUGAAGCCAGCGAUGUAGCUUUAGUGCAUGAGCGACACAAAUGCGGCAGCUGGGAGCGGGCGGGCAGGGCGCUCCGGGAAGCGCUCGGUGCGAGCGGCGGGAGCGCGGGCAGGGCGCGGGGCAGCGCGCAGGGAAACGCGCCCGGGCAGAGGGAGGAGGAAAUCCUCCGGCGGGGAAUUUGUGCGAGUAACCCUCAGAUGCCUAAGAAAUUAUCUAUGAUGAAAGCUACUCUACCUAGCAGUCAUGCUGCAACAGGUUUGGAAGGAAGGAAUACCAGGAGAGCUGAAACAGAAAAGCUUCCAAUGGUCCCAGAGGUUGGAUAUAGCAUUGCAGAAAGUGGUGAUGUGUAGGUCUGGGAAAAUACUAGUUGCAUCUGGAAAGGAUGUCAAGAGGGGACCCAAAAUGAGCUUAGGAGUGUUACCACCAUGAAGCCAUCCACACCUUUGGAGCAAGAAGUGAGGCUUCAUACUACUGACUGUAGCUUUCUUCUAGAGCUAAACAUGCUGGGCUGGAGCCUUGAGAAUCUCAUUGCUGCCAAUGUAAGACCUGCUGCACAUAUCUGGAAUGGACAAACUCUUGAUUUGAAAGCUGUUGAAGGCACUGAUUUGAAUUCCAGUUCCAAACACAUUUCAUGUCUGGCUUGGAUAAAAAAAGGAAUAUGCCUUGCAGUUUGGAUCAGUGAUGGAGAAGUGCAAUUGUGGAACAUUGAAACCAGAAAGAGGCUGAGAAAUAUGUUUGGCCACCUGUCUCAAGCAGCUGGUGCAGCAGUGUCAAGCUGUGCAGAUUUUUCUAAAGCCUUGGAGUGGGAGGGAGAAACAAGUGGUACACUACUAGGAUUUGCCCAUCACCGUGAAGUCCAGGUUGCUCAGCACUAUGUUGGGAUUCUUUGUCAAAACAAACAAAUCAUUAGCAGCUUGAAAUUUUCACUAGCCAACCUGUUGCUGGCAAUUUGGUCUAGAGGUAGUACAUUGAAUAUCUGGCCUAGCAACCCUGGGGUGAAAUUGCAGUCACAGACACUGAAAACCAGUCAGGUUAUGACCUGGUGUCCUUGGCAGUCAAAAGUCCUUGCUACACGAGGUGGAAUGAAAGAUGGGAUUUUGCAUGUCUGGCACAUGAAUUGUGAGAAAAUCAUCCAAAGUGCAAUUACAGAUUCACAGAUAGAUGAUUCUGCAUCUCAUGAUGCAAAGAUACUGAAUCAGCUUUCAAAUGAUGCGGACAGUCUUGUAUAUAUAACCCUGAGCUCAGAUCAGAAUAGGUUCAUUUUUGUUGCAGAGGAUGGGAUGUCUUGUCUGUGGAAACAACAUGGGUCUGGGCAGAGCAUGCACAGCAACAAAGCUUUUUAA